CAUGCCAUGGCAUGUCAUGUGCAUCCAUGGAUGGAAGGAUGGGUGGGUGGAUCAGCGAAAAUAUCAUCGCCACGUAGGUACGGGACGAAGCUGGGGAGAGCAAAGUACCGCCUUCAAGGUGUAUUGAGUGCCCUCGAUGCCAAACCAUCUUUCAUUCAGAAUUUUCAUCGGAAGAUAAAAUCUCCACCCUCCACCCUUCUUUUUCCUCAGCGACGUUUAUCCCAUCGGCACAAACUCGCCGAAGUUCGGAUAGCAUAGCUUCAGCAGUAGCUGCUACACGAGUUCUACGCCUGUUCUGGUGCGCCGGGCGUGGUGGAUGCUGUUUUGAUUGGGUCUUUUGGUUCCCAUAGACAGAGAUAAGAAGGGAUUCAAGCAAGGGGCAUAAGAUGUCUUCAUCGUCUCAGAAGUGGAUCGAUGGCCUUCAGUUUUCCUCCUUGUUGUGGCCGCCACCUCAAGAUGAGCAACAGAGACAGGUACAAAUUAUGGCCUAUGUUGAGUAUUUUGCUCAAUUUACUUCGGAACAAUUCCCCGAAGACAUAUCUCAGCUAAUCCAGAGACAUUAUCCUGUUAAGGAAAAACGUGUUCUGGAUGAUGUAUUGGCAAUAUUCGUCCUCCAUCAUCCAGAGCAUGGGCAUGCCAUUGUGCAUCCAAUUCUUUCAUGUAUAAUUGAUGGGACCUUGGUGUAUGGCAAGAAUAAUCCGCCAUUUAGUUCUUUCAUAUCUUUAAUCAGCCAGACUACUGAGAAAGAAUAUUCUGAACAGUGGGCUCUAGCCUGUGGGGAGAUUUUGCGGGUCUUGACUCUCUACAAUCGACCAAUUUACAAAUCUGAACACCACAAUAUUGAAGCAGAAAGAAGCAGUAGCGGCAGCCAUGCUACAACGAGUGAAUCUAUUGGAGGGGAAUCCAGUAAUAGUCCUGAGCGGAAGCCAUCGCGUCCUUUGACUCCAUGGAUUACCGAUAUACUGCUUGCUGCACCUGUGGGAAUACGGAGUGAUUAUUUUCGAUGGUGUGGUGGAGUCAUGGGGAAGUAUGCUGCUGCUGGAGAACUAAAACCUCCAACAACUGCUUGUAGUCGACGGUCUGGUAAGCAUCCUCAGCUUAUGCCAUCAACGCCGAGGUGGGCUGUCGCUAAUGGUGCUGGUGUCAUAUUAAGCGUUUGUGAUGAUGAAGUUGCUCGUUAUGAGACUGCAAAUUUAACAGCAGCUGCUGUCCCUGCACUUUUAUUACCUCCCCCUACAACUCCUUUAGAUGAGCACCUAGUAGCAGGACUUCCAGCACUUGAGCCAUAUGCUCGUUUGUUUCACAGGUACUAUUCCAUUGCUACUCCAAGUGCAACACAGAGGCUUCUUCUUGGACUUCUUGAAGCACCUCCAUCAUGGGCUCCUGAUGCACUUGAUGCAGCUGUCCAACUUGUAGAACUUCUCAGGGCGGCUGAGGAUUAUGAGUCUGGAAUGAGGCUUCCACGAAACUGGAUGCAUUUACAUUUUUUACGUGCAAUUGGGACUGCAAUGUCAAUGAGGACGGGUAUUGCUGCAGAUGCUGCAGCGGCUUUGCUCUUUCGAAUACUUUCGCAACCCAUGCUACUUUUCCCACCAUUGAGGCACACGGAAGGAGUUGAAGUCCAGCAUGAACCCUUGGCUGGCUACAUAUCAUAUAAGAAACAGCUGGAAGUACCUGCUGCUGAGGCCACUAUUGAGGCAACUGCUCAAGGAAUUGCCUCAAUGCUAUGUGCUCAUGGCCCUGACGUGGAAUGGAGGAUCUGUACUAUUUGGGAGGCGGCUUAUGGCUUGCUUCCCCUGAGUUCAUCAGCAGUUGAUUUGCCUGAGAUAGUAGUGGCAGCACCAUUGCAACCUCCUGUAUUGUCUUGGGGCUUGUACUUGCCUCUGCUAAAAGUGCUGGAGUACCUACCUCAAGGAAGUCCAUCAGAGGCAUGUCUUAUGAGAAUAUUUGUUGCUAUUGUUGAAGCGAUACUUAGAAGAACAUUCCCACAUGUUACAUCUAUUGAGCAGUCCAAAAAGUCAAGAAAUCAUGGCGGUGUGCUGUCCAACAGUAAGAACCUUGCAGUAGCUGAGCUCCGCACAAUGAUUCAUUCUUUAUUCCUAGAGUCAUGUGCAUCUGAGGACCUUGCCUCUCGCCUAUUGUUUGUAGUUCUAACUGUGUGUAUCAGCCAUGAAGCUUUACCGAGUGGAACCAAGAGGUCUAUUGGCACGGCACCUUCUUCUGGUGAGGUUGCUGAUGAACUGCAGAUACUUAAUUUUAAAAGUUCUGGGAGGAGUAGAAACCGACGAAAACAAGGUCCUGCUGCAACGUUUGAUUCAUAUGUUUUGGCUGCUAUAUGUGCAUUGUCUUGUGAACUUCAAUUGUUUCCUUUGAUCACAAAAAAUGGCUUUCAUCUAGAUUUUGAAACUCCUGUUGCAAAGGCAGCGAAAACAAAUGGAUUUUCUCAAAAGAUAUAUGAUGGUAUGAGUUCGGCAGUUCAACACACUCGAAGGUUUCUUAAAAUUUUAGAAGCUCUUUUCUCAUUGAAGCCAUCAUCGGUUGGCACCUCAUGGAGUUAUAGUUCCAAUGAGAUUGUGGCUGCAGCUAUGGUUGCUGCCCAUGUUUCUGAGUUAUUUGGAAGAUCAAAGGCCUGCAUGAAUUCCCUCUCUAUUUUGAUGAGUUGCAAAUGGGAUAGUGAGAUAUGUGCAAGAGCUGCUUCCCUUUAUCAUCUGAUUGACUUGCAUGGUAAAACGGUUGCCUCUAUAGUUGACAAGGCAGAGCCACUUGAAGCACAUUUAGUACUUGUACCACUGAAAAAACAGAGCUCAUUGUGUUCAACCGGUGAACAUCCAGAAAGUAUUUCAAGCACUAUCAGCUCAAGGUUGGAGGAUAAUGGAUCCAUGCAGUCUAAGGACUCUAUAAAAUGUGAGGAGGCAAAGUUGAUAAAUUCUAUGGCUAUGGAAACGUCAGAGAAGAGCAUGGAACGUUUUUCUGAGGAUGCAUCUAACCUAGCAAACUUUCUUACUAUGGAUAGGAAUGGGGGAUUCAAUUGCACUUCGCAAGCUUUUCUGAGAUCUGUACUCACUAAGAAGCAGGAGAUAUGUUUUUCUGUUGUCUCUUUGUUAUGGCACAGGUUAAUUGCUGCGCCAGAAACAGAAAUGAGUGCAGAAAGUACAUCUGCUCAGCAAGGGUGGAGGCAGGUUAUUGAUGCCCUCUGCGAUGUCGUGUCAGCUUCUCCCACAAAAGCAUCAACUGCCAUUGUUCUUCAGGCAGAACGAGAUUUGCAGCCAUGGAUUGCAAGAGAUGAUGAGCAAGGUCAAAGAAUGUGGAGGAUCAACCAGCGAAUCGUGAAGUUGAUUGUCGAGCUCAUGAGAAGUCAGGGAAGCCCCGAGACACUAAUAGUUAUUGCAAGUGCCUCCGAUCUUCUCCUUCGUGCCACGGAUGGGAUGCUUGUUGAUGGUGAAGCUUGCACUCUACCACAGCUAGAGCUCCUGGAAGUGACAGCUAGAGCAGUCCACUUAGUAGCAAAUUGGGGAGAAACCGGUUUUGCAGUAGCUGAUGGCCUUACAAAUCUUCUCAAAUGCCGACUGUCCGCUACCGUUCGCUGUCUUUCUCAUCCCAGCGCUCUUGUGAGAGCUCUAAGCAUAUCUGUUCUUCGAGAUAUUAUGAAUACCGGCCCCAUCAAUUCAUCUAAUUAUACGAAUACGGAGACGCUACAUUUGUACGAUCCCUCAUACCGAAGCCUGGGCAUGACCAACUGGCAUGCAAACAUUGAGAAGUGCAUCAAAUGGGAAGCUCGCAGCCGGCGAGCAACUGGCUUGGCUCUCUCCUUCCUUGGUUCUGCUUCAAAGGAGUUGGGCUGUCCUCUUCCUAGUUGACAGGCAAUUGACAUAUUUUACGGCUUUUUACUUUUUUGUUUUCUUUCUGACAUUAUGUACCGUUGUCAUUUGGUUGUAUUUAAUGUUGUAAUGACCCCAGUUUGCUCAUGUAGAUAUGAACAACAAACAUUAUUGGUUUUACAUCAAAUGACAACCUGCAAUGUUAAUGUAAGUCAUCAUUGCCCUCCUAAACAUGUUCUACUACCAGGAUUGAACUAUGA